AACCUCCAACACGGCUGGACUGAUGGAAAUGCAAAUGAGCCCGAACCAGGUCGAGAGAAUCCGACAGCUUGGGUCCGCCCAUUCUUCUGCUCAGUGUGAAAAUGUGCGGCAAUCCGAACACGCGCUUGCUUUCCCGUCUGGUCAUCGACUUCCUGAUUCUCCUGGGGAUCUAUGGAGCGGCCCUGGUGGUGCUGCCCCAGCAGCUGGCCACGGCCCAGCGGGGCUUCCACUGCAGCGAUGCCAGCCUGAAGUAUCCCUACCGCCAGCCCUGGCUGACCAAGGUCCACCUGACCAUCGCGGUGGUGGCCCUGCCGGCGGCUUUUGUUCUGGUGGUGGAGAUGCUCCGGGCCGCCGUGGUGCCCAGUUCUACGGAGCUGAAGCAGCGCUUUGUCUUCGUGGGCGUCCGCAUCCCCAGCUUCAUCAGCGAGUGCUACAAGGCCGUCGGCGUGUAUCUUUUUGGCCUGGGACUGACCUUGCUGGCCAUACGCUUGACUAAGCACUCGACGGGCCGGCUGAGGCCCUACUUCUUCGACGUCUGCCAGCCCACGUGGGGUGAGGAGGAGAGCUGCUCCGACCUGACCGGCGAGAAUUCCACCCUCUACCUCGAGGAUUUCAGCUGCACGGAGUUCGCUGCCUCGCAGGACCUGCUCGCCCUGGUGCGCCACUCCUUUCCCAGCGGCUUUGUGUCCACAACCUGCUACGCCAUGGGCUUCCUGAUCCUCUACGCGCAGGCCAGGCUCUUCGCCCCCUGGCUGCGAUUAGUCCGGGCCACGCUGCAACUGGCCUGUGGCUCACUGGCCUUGGUGGUUUCCUGGGAGCGCAUCUCCACCUACCAGAACCACUUGACGGACGUGGCGGCGGGUGCAGCACUCGGUGGUCUAAUGGCCCUCUUCGCCACGGUGUUUGUGGCCCACAUCUUCGUGGAGGUGCGGGUGAAACGCCGUCAGUGGCCAAGAAACGAACAGAUCUACGGCUAUGCGGGGUACUACAAUAGAGCCACUUAUGGCUACUAAUAUGUGUAAGAUAAUGGGUUGGCUUUACUUGAUUUAGCUAUGGUAAUAAAAGGCUUUAAUUUAUUAACG